AUGGAUAAUGAACAAUUCAACAGCUUAAGACUUAUUUCUGCCUUCCGUAGAAAAACUGAGGGCACAAAGAUCUCGAAAAGCCCUACUAACGAUUCGUUUGUUUCUCCUUCAGAAUUCAAAUUAGAUCCGAAUUUAAUGACUAGAAUGUACUUUACUGGUGUUUGUCCAUGGAAAGAUAUAUCUACGCCUCAUUUAUUCUACACAAUUCCAUUUGAUCACUCGCUAGAUGACCCUGUUUCAAAAUUUAUUUUUCCGAACGGUUGUAGACACGAAAAACUCCAAUUUCAUACAACAGGUGAUUUAAUAAAAGAAAUUAUCACACUCCCGGAUAUUAAUGACCUCGAAUUUUUUACGUUAUAUUUUCCAACCAUCGAAGCAGCCCCAUUUUUCCAUUGUUGUGUGUUCAUGGGUAAUCCAUUCAGCAUGCCCUCGUUUACUCACGAUCUAAAUAUUGAAGAUCUUUUUUCUUUGAUUCAAAAUCAUUCAAUGCCUUCAACGGAAAUGGCAAUUUGCAUUCAAAGUCAAUAUAAAAACGCUACAGUAUUCUACGAGUUCAUGAAAUGGAUAAUAGAAAGCGAAAGAAUCGGAAGAAUGUCGAUAACCCCAUUUUUAGAACUUUUUAUCCAAUUAAAUUCAAUUACAAUGACAAACGUUGAAAAAAUGUUUGGCCCUGAUGCUUCAAAAUUAUGGCCGGAUAUGCACAGACAAAGAAUUUUAACAGUUUUACCAAAUUGUAUUUAUUCUAUGCUUCCUGACAUCGGAGACAAGUUUAUUAUAGACUAUCCACCAUUCCCGAACUUCGAGUGGCAAAGAGAUUCCGGAUUGAAGGGAGAUUUAUUAUUUUUCAAGAAUUGUCUUGAAAAAUUAGUUGAAAAAUUCGAACCAAUGGAAUAUAUCAGUUUGCUUUCAGCUCUUUUAGCUGAAAGAACAAUAAUUGUAUAUAGUUCUAGUAGAUCUGUUGUUGCAAAUUCGAUUUACGCUUUGCAUGCGAUGUUAUUACCAUUAAACUGGGUUUCUACGACUAUUUCGUUGUUACCUGCUGAUCUAAUGGAUAUAUUGGACUCUCCUGCCCCUCUAAUUGCAGGAGAAACAAUGUGGCCGAUUGUAUCUCCGAAAGAUGCUGUUGUAUUAAACUUGGAUAAGUGUGAAUACACUUUUCCGAAGGACCUUGUGAUGUAUCCAACAGCAUCACAGCUAAAGAAGCGAUUGAAACCUUUGUUUGUCGAAAAAAAGAUUCCGGAAAUUAUUAAUUUGACAAGUAUGACGAUUAAAGAGCUGAUAUUCCCUGUAAAGGUAUCAAUUAUGACUGACUAUACAGAUAAAAAUAAUCCUGGCUCAAGAUUCGUUUACGAACUCUUUAUGAAGAAUUUUCCAGUAACUUCAAGGAAAUUCAUCGAUGCAAUGGCUUCUACUCAAAUGCUUAGGUUCUAUAUAGAAUUAGAAUGCAGGAAAAAGUCAUCAGAAUUUUUAAUUCCUAGCUCAUAA